GCUCGCUAGCCCUUAUAGUUCUCAGCCCCACAUACUCUUUCCCUUGCUUCCCUUCCCUUCCCUCUUAGCUAGGCCUUUACUCACCAACCAUCAACACCAUCUUUGCUCUGCUCUCCCUCUUUUGUGAAAUGUCAUUGAACCAUUUCUCUCCCUCCGAGCUUCAAGAAACGCAGUGGUGGAACACCUUGACUACGUCUCAACAAAACCAGCAACAGCAUCAUCCAUCAUUCACCAUGGACACUUUCCACCCUCAAUUGUAUCAUAAUUACCAGCCCAGCUGGCUCGGCUCCCAAAUCGCCCAACAGCCCCCGACCCUCAAUUUCAACCUCAACCAUCAGCACAACGACCCCGCGGACCGAAAAUUACAACACCCGGAGCUUCAGAUCGACAUGGAAGAUGACAAGGAGACCAUGUUCGAGAAGCCACUGACGCCAAGCGACGUCGGCAAGCUCAACCGCCUCGUCAUUCCCAAGCAGCACGCGGAGAAGUACUUCCCUCUCGCCGGCGGUGGCGGUGGAGAGUCGGGAGGCGAGAAAGGUCUGCUGCUGAGCUUCGAGGAUGAGUCCGGGAAGUGCUGGAGGUUCCGGUACUCGUACUGGAACAGUAGCCAGAGCUACGUGUUAACCAAAGGGUGGAGCCGCUACGUGAAGGAAAAGCGCCUCGAUGCAGGCGACGUCGUUUUGUUCGAGCGGCGCCGGAACGAUAGUGAGCGUCUCUUCAUUAGGUGGAGGCGCCGUGCGGUGCAAGAGAGCAGCGGCGCUGGGGGUGGGGCUAGUAAUACGUCGGGCCAGGUUAGAAAAAGCGGUGGAGGUGAAAGUGGAGGAAGUAGAGGAGGAGGUUGGACCAGGAUGUUCUAUUCUACACCGCAGUCUUAUCCGGCGCACCAUCAUCACAGUGUGCCAUACCCACCUGACUAUCUACAACAUGCAGCCACAGCAGCAGCAGUAGCAGCAGGGUCUCCAGUUCAGAACCCGACUCCGUCGUCGUCGUCCGGUGGCAACUCGAGGAUAUUGAGGCUGUUUGGGGUGAACUUGGAGUGCCAGCAGCAGCAGGAUGAUGAGUCCGAACCAUCCACACCAGAUGGGUCGUCUUUGUCAAGCCAGGGUCCAACCCACCACCAGUUCUAUCCUACUAAUUAAUCCUACCAAUGCUUAUUAUGGAGACCACAGGGAUUUCACUUUCUCCAGAGAUGCAAACCUCCCCAUGAGAAAUCGACGAGGAUAGAGAUCUGUGGAUGUGACAUCCUUGAUUGACUCCAACUAUUUUAAUCUUUAACCUACUUGGAAAAAUCUCCACUAAAAGAAUUUAGAAUCCAGA